AUGGAAGUCAUCUAUUGUUAGGACAAAGAUCAUACUGGAAAUCCACUAAAUUUAUUUUGUUUGGACAAAGAAUGCCAAAAUAAAGGUUUAAUAUGUUCCUUCUGUUUGUUAAACUGUCAUUAAGAACAUGUAAAUAACGUAUUUCCUUUAAAAACAAUCGUACAGAAUCUUAAUAAAGCAAAUAAUCCUAAAAACCAAUAGGAAUUGUAUAACAAAGGGAACUAAAUAUUUGAGAAACAUCAUAAAAUUAAACAAACCUUUCGAUAAAAUCUAAUCCGAAUCAAAGAGAUUCUUAACAAAUUAGAAAAAGAAAUCGAAAAACAAAUUAAAGUCUUAGACUUGGAGGCAGGUUUAUUUGUUGGAGAUGCUUUUGAAAAAUCCAUUUCCGUAUUAAAUAAGUAGAAAUUACAAAAAGAAUAAAUUGAAUAAGCUAUCGAAAAAAUUGAACCUCUGUUAAAGACUUGUGAUGGACAGAUUUGGAUCCUUAGAGAAUCAGAAAUAAAUCAGUCGGCUUAAAAGCUGAUAAAAAUAGCUGAGGUUAUAGAAAGAGAAAGCAAAUAUUGGCUUGAGAAAUGUCUUCUCGAUCUUAAUAGGCUAUAUGAAACUUGUUAAAAUCCAAUUAAAAAAUAAGUCAAAAUACUUACUAGUUAAAACAGAUAUUAGUUGACAUAUGAGUAAUGGAAUUUAAAGGAAACUGAUGCUAUAAGUUUUAGAUCCAAAAAGAAACAUGAUAUAUGGUUAUCAGGAGUUGGCUUGUAUGAAAUUACAACUAGGUCUGGAAUAACCACUUCUCAUUUACGAUUCAAGUAUUUGAAGGUGCAAAUGUCAAUAGGUUUAGCAUUGAUUAAUUGUAUUUUUAGUAAAAAGGUCAUUUAUGAAGAUACAUUCGAUGUAUUACCAAACAUAGAUUAUUGCAAUCACAUAGGGAAAAUGUGCUUUAAUAAGGCUAUUAAGAUUGAAUUUGAUUAGCCCUACACUAUAGCACUUAAACCAAAUUAAAGUUGUUUAAGUUACUACGGCGCAAAUGGUAAGUUAGAAACUGAGGAAUUUCAAUUUUCAGAACCUUCAUUCACUCAAGAGUUUAGUGACAAUUCAACUACUAUAAAUUAACGGCGAGUCAUACCACAUUUCUAUUAUGAAGAAUGA